UGGCAGAGAGGAGUGGAGGACACUGAGUGGAGGCCAGUGGAGGGAUUGGCAGAGAGGGGUGGAGGACACUGAAUGGAGGCCAGUGGAGGGAUUGGCAGAGAAGGGUGGAGGACACUGAAUGGAGGCCAGUGGAGGGAUUGGCAGAGAGGAUGGAGGCCAGUGGAGGGAUUGGCAGAGAGGGGUGGAGGACACUGAGUGGAGGCCAGUGGAGGGAUUGGCAGAGAGGAGUGGAGGACACUGAGUGGAGGCCAGUGGAGGAUUGGCAGAGAGGGGUGGAGGACACUGAAUGGAGGCCAGUGGAGGGAUUGGCAGAGAAGGGUGGAGGACACUGAAUGGAGGCCA